AUGUCGCAAAAUUGGUUUUAUCGCAUAACUCAGCUAAGGUCCACGAUUGGCAUGCCUCCAGUGACCAGAAAAAACAUCGCUGCUCUCGGCUUGAAAAGAAGGAACCAGACAGUUUACCAGCGAGUCUCAGCUGCGACUGCUCACAGACUCAGGUUAGUGAAAGAGUUGGUGAGGAUUGAUUUGUUGAAGGAAAACGAGAUCGAGGAGGCCAAGAAGCAAGAUAAGCAGAAAUGGCCCAAGGGAUUUGCUCAGGUGGGCAAGUUAUAG